AUGUCCGAACUCCAAGGGAACGUUCCGACACGACGCAUCAUGGAUAACACAAAGUCACCGGAAGAUCCAGUUGUGAAGCCACCAGUGGAUCUGGGGAAGGAUGAACCAGAAACGCGGGUUGUUGCGGGCGACUCGAUCGAUGCCUGUGCAGAGCGUGCGCUCGUCCGGAAAUUCGAUUUCCGCAUUCUUCCUGUCCUGGCCAUCAUGUAUCUGUUCAAUAGCUUGGACAAGUCCAAUUUGGGAAAUGCAAAGACAGCAGGGUUAGAGGAGACUCUUAACCUCAAGGGCGACCAAUACAACAUCAUCCUCAGCAUUUUCUUCAUCCCCUAUGUCUUGACGGCGCCGUUCCUGGGCAUCUUAGGCAAGAUGUACGGGCCGAACCUGGUUCUGCCCUGCAUGAUGCUGACCUUUGGGCUGUGUACUGUUUUAGUGGUGGUUGUGUAUAAUUUUGGGGGCCUGAUGGCGAUUAGAUGGUUUCUUGGCAUGUCUGAGAGUGCCUUUUUCCCCCUCGUUAUCUAUUAUUUGACAACAUUCUAUCGUCGAGGUGAACUGGCCAGACGUCUGGCGAUUUUCUAUGCCGCACAGAGCAUUGCCUCGGCCUUCUCGGGUCUUCUCGCCUUUGGUGUUUUCCAAAUCCACUCCGGUCCACUGACCCCAUGGCGGUACCUCUUCCUUAUUGAAGGCCUGGCGACCGUUUUGUUCGCGCUUUUCGUAUUCUGGUAUCUGCCCCGCUCGGCAUCUGAGGCGCGCUUCCUCUCCGAAGCCGAGAAGGCACUAGCAUUCACGCGGAUGCAGCUCGACAGUUCGGCCGUUGUCAAUGAGAAACUCAACCUUCGCGACGCAUUCCGUAUCUUCAAACAUCCGACCAGCUGGGCCAUUGUGGGUAUUCAGAUCUGCCUCGGCGUCCCUCUGCAAUCCGUCCAACUGUUCCUCCCUCAAAUCAUCUCCAAACUCGGAUACGGCACCGUAAAGACGAAUCUCUACACCGUGGCCCCCAACGUCUCAGGUGCCGUCGUGCUUCUUAUCCUCGCCUUCUGCAGUGAUUGGACGCGAUGGCGAUUCCCAUUCAUUGCCCUGGGCUUCUUAUUCACUUUCCUGGGUAUGAUCAUCUAUGUGGCGAUCGACCCCGAGAAGAAUAUCAACGUGGCCUACUUCGCCUCGUUCAUGAUGACCUGGGGUACCUCCGCACCAUCCGUGUUGUUGGAUGUCUGGUACAACAACAACAUUGCCAGCGAAGGCAAACGAAUCGUCUUGACGAGUAUCGCAGUACCUCUUGCGAACUUGAUGGGUGUGGUUAGUUCGAAUAUCUUCCGCAACCAGGAUGCCCCGAAGUACCUGCCGGCGCUGAUCACCACGGCGUCUUUCGGAGGAACGGGUAUCAUUCUCACACUUCUUCUUGGCUUCUGGAUGAUGUUGGAUAAUAAGCGACGGGAUCGUGCACAAGGGAUCAAAUUACGGGCUAUGGAUGUCCCGACCGAGAGGUUGGCAGAGGGUCCCAGUAGUCCCGAUUUUCGGUGGUUUUUAUAA